AUGGGUGGUGGUGCUCCAGCUGGAGGAGACUUUGAUGCUCUUCUUACACAAUCUCAAAAUCAAGGAUUCAGAGGUCUCUUCAAGAAUGGUAGAGCCUUGAGUUUGGCACUCUUCGCCUCGCUUGGAGGUGUUUUAUACGGCUACAAUCAAGGUGUUUUCGGUCAGGUCCAAGUUAUGACCAGUUUCGUGGAUCGAUACACUGCUACAUUGACCAAUCCCGACACCAAAGGUCUUUUGACUUCCAUUUUGGAGUUAGGUGCCAUGGUCGGUUCACUUAUUGCUGGUCCCUUAGCCGACAGGUACAGUCGUAAAUAUUCUAUCUCCGCCUGGUGUGUCAUUUUCAUGAUCGGUACUGCUGUGCAAGUCGGUGCCAACAGCAGUGUGGCCUGUAUUUAUGUUGGUCGAUUUAUCGGUGGUCUUGGUGUUGGAGCGCUUUCGAUGCUUGUACCCAUGUUCAAUGCUGAGCUAGCCCCUCCAGGAAUUCGAGGCUCUCUGGUCGCCCUCCAACAACUAGCAAUUACUUUCGGUAUCUUGGUUUCUUAUUGGAUCGCGUACGGUACCAACUAUAUCGGUGGUACUGGAGCAACCCAAUCCACGACCGCCUGGCGGCUACCCCUUGCGCUACAACUUGUUCCAGCCAUGAUAUUAUGUAUCGGAGCGAUAUUCUUGCCAUUUUCUCCUCGAUGGCUGAUGCUCAGAGGUAGAGAAGAAGAAUGUUUAGAUAACCUUGCUCUUCUCCGACAUCUUCCCGCCGAAUCUCCUGAAGUUCAAUACGAGUUCCGAGCCCUUCAAGCUGAACGACUCGUCGAACAAGAAGCUGCCAAAGAACGAUAUGGUCAAAACGAAGUGAACAUGCGAGUCACCUUGGCUGAAUACAAGCGAUUACUUACAACCAAACCGUUACUUCAUCGAUUGAUGCUUGGUGCUGGUGCACAAGCACUUCAACAAUGGACUGGUAUCAACGCCAUUAUCUACUACGCUCCUACCAUUUUCGGAUCGAUCGGUCUUACCGGUGGUACUAUCGGUUUGCUCGCUACUGGCGUCGUCGGCAUCGUCAAUUUCAUAUUCACUAUUCCCGCUGUCUUAUUUGUUGACAACUUCGGUCGAAAGCCUAUUCUUGCAUGGGGCUCAGCCAACAUGGCCAUUUCUCAUGCUACCGUUGCUGGUAUCUUUGCUGUCUAUGGACCCGACUAUGCGAACAAGAGAGCCGGUAACGCCGCUGUCUUCAUGAUCUACUGGUACAUCGCCAACUUUGCCGUUACAUGGGGUCCCCUUGCCUGGGUUGUAUCUGCCGAAGUAUUCCCCCUUGAUAUGAGAGCCAAGGGUAUGAGUAUCUCAUCCGCUACCAACUGGCUGAUGAACUUCACUGUUGCCAUGGUCACACCUCACAUGUUGGACACUAUCACAUACAAAACAUACAUCGUAUUCAUGGUAUUCUGUAUCAUUGGAUUCCUCUACGCCGUCUUUGUUCUUCCCGAGCUUAAAGGUCUUUCACUUGAAGAAGUUGACCGAAUUUUCAACGAUUCAACCGGUGCUGAAGAUCGAGCCAGACGAGAAAGAGUCGCCAAACAAAUCGGUCUCGACAAAGUGGCAGCUGAUAUCCAACACAAGGAGAAAGGAACAGCAAACAUGGCCUAA